AUGAUCAUUGAAAAUCAAAGAUGUUUUGGUAAAGAAAUAGUAAAUUCGACAAUGCAUUAAUAAAAGGAGAUAGGAAUGAUUAUGGAAAAACAUAAAAAACCUUUUUCGAUAAUUCCAAAGGUUUUUGCAAUGAGUAUGGAUGAAAAAGAGAAUAAAAUAUUUAGAAAAGAAUAGGAAAAAUGGUAAAUAGAGAUAGAAUUAGACAAGAGUAAAGAGCUAAAAAAUCCAUAAAAUGUAGAAUUAUAUUCAGAUGAGAUUUUACAACACUUAUUGAUUGAAGAAGUAUAAUAAUUAGACUAUUAUAGAAUAAAUACAUAAUAAAUUAGUAUAUGACAAUUGAGUAAUAGCCAGAUAUAAAUAUAAAAAUGAGAGCGAUUCUAGUUGAUUGGUUAAUAGAUGUGCAUGCUAAAUUUAGAUUAAAGGAUGAAACUCUUUAUAUUACAAUAUCUUUGAUUGAUCGAUAUUUAGCUUUGGCUUAAGUGACAAGAAUGAGACUCUAAUUAGUAGGAGUGGCAGCAUUGUUUAUUGCAUGUAAAUAUGAAGAAAUCUAUCCACCUGCUUUAAAAGAUUUUGUUUACAUAACAGAUAAUGCAUAUGUUAAAAAUGAUGUCUUAGAAAUGGAAGGUUUAAUUUUAUAGGCUUUAAAUUUUAAUAUUUGUAAUCCUACAGCUUUUUAGUUUUUACAAAAAUAUUCGACAGAUUUAGAUCCUAAAGAUAAAGCGUUAGCAUAAUAUAUAUUGGAAUUAGCUUUGGUUGAAUAUAAAUUUAUUAUUUAUAAACCAUCUUUAAUUGCAUAAUCUGUUAUAUUUUUAGUUAAAAAGAUUAGGUAAAACUUUUAUAAUUAUUAUAGAACACCUACUUAUAAAACAUAAUAUGAAAAUUAAUUAAAGAUUUGUGCUAAAGAAUUAUGUGCAUUACUUUAAUCUGCAGAUUUGACUUCGUUACAAGCAGUUAAAAAGAAAUUUAAUUCUACUAAGUUUUUUGAAGUUUCAAGAAUUAAAGUAGAAAAAUCAAAUAAAUGA